AUGCAGUCCGCCGCCGCCGCCUCCUCCAACAUGGUCGCCAGUAAACCGGCCGACGAGCCGUCCGGGUCGUCGUCGUCGCAGCCCUCGCCGUUGAAGUUGGGUCAGGUCGAGGGGGUCCAGGAGAAGCAGCAGUCGCAAGCGCAACCGACGGCUACAGCGACGACGCCGGCGCCUCAAAAGCAGAAGAAGACGGCUGAACCGUCGCUGAGGUAUCCUUUUUGGUUCGGAGGCAGCGCCAGUAGUAUGGCCGCCUGCGUCCGCCUCCAGGUCCGCCGCCCCGACGCGCCAAAGAACAUGGUCGGCACCUUCACCCACAUCAUCCGCAACCACGGCGUGACAGGCCUCUACAACGGCCUCUCGGCUUCCCUCCUCCGUCAAAUGACCUACUCCACCGUCCGCUUCGGCGCCUACGAGGAGAUGAAGAUCCGCGCCACCCGCGCAAACGACGGCAAACCCCCUUCCUUCCCCGUCCUCGUCGCCAUGGCCUCGGCCGCGGGCUUCGUCGGCGGCAUCUCGGGAAACGCCGCCGACGUCCUCAACGUCCGCAUGCAGCAGGACGCCGCCCUCCCCGCCGCCGAGCGCCGCAACUACAGCCACGCCCUCGAGGGCAUGCUCCGCAUGGCGCGGGAGGAAGGCAUCAUGAGUUGGUUCAGGGGCGUCCUGCCCAACAGCAUGCGCGCCGCGGCCAUGACGGCCUCGCAGCUCGCUUCGUACGAUACCUUCAAGGGCAUGCUCAUCCGCCACACGCCCAUGGGUGAUAACCUGACGACGCACUUUACGGCCUCGUUCCUCGCUGGUGUGAUGGCCGCCACGGUGACGAGCCCCAUUGAUGUCAUCAAGACGCGGGUCAUGUCGGCGAGCACCCAGGAGGGGCUGGCGCAUACCCUGGCCAAGAUUUACAAGGCCGAGGGCCUUGGGUGGAUGUUCAAGGGCUGGGUACCCAGUUUCCUCCGCCUCGGACCACAAACCAUCUGUACAUUUGUCUUCCUAGAAAUGCACCGCAAGGUCUAUAGAAAGGUUGCUGAUAUCGGCAACGGUGAAGAUGCGUCCAUCAAGGGGUAA